AUGUCACUGCGCAUGCACGGAAGCGCGUGGCGAUCAGCGGUGCUCUGUGUCCCUCAGACACAGCGGAUCACCUAUCCACGGAAAGAUGUCCAAUCACAGCUGAUCACAUGGCACUGAUGAUCAGUGUGCCCUGAUGAUUAGUGUUGCCCCAGAAGUGCCACCUGUCAGUGUCCAUCAGUGACAGCUGUCAGUGCUGAACAGCGCCACAUGCCAGUGCCCAUCAGUGCCACAUCAAUGCCACAUAUCAGUGCCUACCAGUGCACAUCAAUGCCACAUAUCAGUGCCCAUCUGAGCUGCCCUUCAGUGUCACCCAUCGGUGCCAGUCAGUGCCACCUAUCAAUGCCAAUCAGUGCCACCUAUCAGUGCUGCCAAUCAGUGCCACCUAUCAGCGCCAGUCAGUGCCGCCUAUCAGUACCAGUCAGUGCCGCCUAUCAAUGCGCAUCAGUGCCACUUAUCAGUGCC